AGGAGCAAUCAGGCGUUCCGCAUCGCGUUCAUCAUCGUCACAGACUAUCGCCGUGUGUACACGUGCGAUUGGUGACAAUAGUCGUAUUCUAAUCUUCAAUUCAAUCACUUUGUUACCAAGGGGUUGAAUGAAAAUCAUCCAAAAGUGUGCAGUGAAUAAAUUACUUCGAUUAAUAACAAGUAAAAAUCGGUGACGUUUUAUUCUUUCAAGAGUUGAAUUGAUAUUUAUCAAAGGUGAAUACGGAAAGAGGUUCUUUUUCCGUUGCUAUCUCAUCGAAAUAGCUUUAACACCCGUCACAUUUAUGGGGGUGGUAGGCGGAGAGUGCGCGGUCAAAGGUACCGGCGGUAAAAGCCAUCCCUGUCACUGUUGCCGCAGUCCGCGAGUUUCUAGUGCUGGCCCAAACGCUGUAUCUCUUGUUCAAAAUAAUCAAAAUCGACAUCGUUCUAAACAUCAUCUUGAAGCUGAAAUACCCAUUUGUGUACCAAAUAGUCCUUCGUCCACGGAUAGUAACAUCUUGGCACCACUACGAAGCAAAAUGAAAGUGCUCAAGAAACUCAAACGAAAGAUGGGUUUAGCACCAAGAUCAUCAAAUACAGGAACAAAUAAUCUUCCACCAUUGACAUUUCAUCAAGUACAUGGAGACAAUAUCAGACUUUGCAAUGGAGGAACGAUUGCACGAAGACGCGAAAGUUUUUGUAAAGGAAUUACAUUCAGUGCAAGGCCAGUUCGUGUUGGAGAAAAGGUUUGUGUUAAAUUCCUGGAAAUGUCCAACAACUGGAGUGGUGUCAUAAGAUUUGGAUUCACAAGCAAUGACCCGAUCCAUUUGAGAAAUGGAUUACCUCGAUAUGCAUGUCCAGAUUUGACGAAUAAACCUGGAUAUUGGGCAAAAGCUUUAGCUGAAAGAUUUGCCGGACUUGAUACCGUUCUCUUCUAUUAUGUCACAGCAGCAGGUGACGUACAUUUUGGUGUAAAUGGAGAAGAGAAGGGAGUUUUUUUUAGUGGAGUUGAAACACGAGGACCUUUGUGGACGGUUAUUGAUGUCUAUGGCAAUAGUACUGCCAUUGAAUUUCUUGAUCCAAAUCGACAGCAUUUCAACAACAUUCGACGAGGUGUAGAACACUCUAACGAAGAUAAUGCACAACCCAGUAGACAUACUGCUAUGGAUGAUGCCAGUAAUGCUGGAAGGGAUGUUGUUGAAAGAAUUAUUGUUCCUUCUAUGCAAAAUGUCUGUAUUCAUCAUGAACCUGACGUUGAAUUACCUGGACUAAGGUUUCAACAACCCGGAAUUUUAUUUGCACCACUUCCUUUUCAUCCAGUCCGAGGCAGGAACAUCCGUUUUAGUAAUCAACAAUGUGUUGCUACUCGAAGCGAUACUGAAUUCUGCCACGGUUACGCCUUUACAAGCCGCCCAUUGAUGCUUGGAGAACGUCUAGUCGUCCAGGUUUUAUCUACAGAACCUUUAUAUGUUGGUGCUCUUGCUUUAGGACUAACAUCUUGUGAUCCCGCUCGACUCUCCGCUGAAGAUCUUCCCGAUGAUAGUGAUUUAUUACUUGAUAGACCUGAAUAUUGGGUUGUAUCGAAAGAUGUGGCAUCUUCUCCUCAACCCGGUGACGAAAUAGCAUUUGUUGUUACUCAUUCCGGUGAAGUACAGAUGAGUAAAAAUGGCGGACCACCAAAUAUUGUCAUGCAUGUGGAUCAGAGUUUAGUACUUUGGGCAUUUGUCGAUGUUUAUGGUAGCACUCAAAGAGUCCGUAUGUUGGCCAGUAGACCUCCAUCACCACCAAGACAACGUCAAUGCUCGACUUCAACACCAGCCCCACCAUCGACUACGCAAUGUACGUCAACUCCAGCUCACACUAAUCCAGUUCAAGGAUCAAAUGAGCUCACUAGAUUUUCUGAUAUGGUUCAAUUUAAACCAACAGUCGGAGGAGGUACAGUAUUAGUGGUAAAUUUACCUCCUCAACCAGGAUAUUCAUCUCCGUCACCACCCCAACCAAUUUAUGGCUCUGCAGCACCUACAGCUGUCAGAAAUUCUGGCUUCUAUCCGGCUUCAGGAACGGCUUUAUCAGCUCCAGUGUCUUCUGUCACCCCUGUGGUUGCAUCACCAGCACCAUUGUCACCAGUUUCAGCUCAUUCAGGACCACGAGCAUCACCGCCGCUCACCGGAACAAUGAGUAGCACUGGAUCAUCAACUUAUGUCGAUCCAGUUUCUUACCAAAGCGUGGAUGCUACUUUAACUUUCCAAGGCAGCCAUCUUCAACAGUGGAGUGAAAGACUUCAACCCACACCGGGCCAACCUAGCGAAUGUUCUAUUUGUUACGAAAGAAAUAUCGAUAGUGUUCUUUAUAUGUGUGGACACAUGUGUAUGUGCUAUCCAUGUGCUAUUCAGCAAUGGAGAGGCAAAGGCGGUGGUCAAUGUCCACUUUGUAGAGCGCAAAUUAGGGAUGUAAUUAGAAUUUAUAGGUCUUGAACUGCUUCAUGUCUUCCUAACUGAUAAUUGUUGAUGGAAUCAACUUUAGAUCAGUCCCAUGGUGUAUUUUUUCAAUGUUAUUAAUAUUAGGAUUUAAUCCUAAUUUUAGUAUCAUGCUAAUUCCCGAUUUUUUACUUGAUAAACUGCCAAAUACGAUGAUAACUUCAGUCUCAAGGCCAUUGAUAUUUACUAAUGGUAUCUCAGUGGGAUCAAAAAUGUUUAUCCCCAUGUCAUCGAUUGUUUUAUUAAACUCAGACUGAGUCCCGAGCUUUUGACUGAAUGAAAGCAUCAUUGAUAUCUGCAAAAUAUUUAUUUUCUUUGUCAGAAUUUCGUACUAAAAAUGUUGAGAGGACUCUUGAUUCUUAAAUCAUUCAAAAAAUUAUCUAUCUGUUUUCAUAAUCAAUGAUUGUUCUUCGUCGGCAUUGAUUGUAUUCAUAUUGUGCACUAGUUUUUACAUCACUACCAAAGAAAUUUUCUCAUAUCCGCGUCACUCUGUAAGUGUCUUCAUGGUAGACAACGAGCCGAUCGUUAUACUGGAGAAAUAUAAAUGUCAAUUUUUCCAUUUAAGAACAAAAAAAUAAUCGUCAUUAUUUAGUGAAUUUUUCAUGACCUUUCGAAAUGAACUGUCUCAUUGACUAAAAAAAAAAUUUAUUUUUAAUUGGAAAUAAAAUGUAUUAGUUCAUAGUGAUAUUUUUUUAUUAAAAUAUAUCAAUGUAGAAGUUCAUUUGGGAGAUUGAAAUAAUUAACCAAUCAUAUUUAAUUUUUGAUAAACAUAAUUUGAUUUUUUUCAUUGUUGUAAACUCCAUUGGGUGCCUUGAACUUUGGUAAUCGAGUAUAACGCGUUAAUAAAAAUGUUAAUUAAUGAAAAACAAAAUAAAAUGAAACGGGCAGUAUAAGAAUAAAAAAAAAAUAUUCACAUUGUUCGACGAAGCGACUAUAGAUUAUAUUAGUUAGAAUUUUUGAAUACAUUUUACGAUCAUAACAUUUACGGAGUAGGAAGCGUCAGAUAAAUUUUGAUAAUAGAUCUCAUGACAAUUCUAAUAAAAAAAAAAUAACACUAUUUUAACCGCACAAUGACUUUUCAUUGAUUAUACUUUUUAAAUUUAUAAUCAAUAAUAAUGAUAGUAAUUAUUCAUAAAGAAACAUUAAUAAUGACUAAAACAAUAAGAGAAAAAAAAAAUAUUGAAAUAAAUUUUUAUCGUGCGUUAUGCUUGGAAAGACUCAGGUUUUGUAUUUUCUUUUUAUUUAAAUAUAUUAUUAUAGACACACUUUAGAUUAUAAAAUGAAAAUAAUUCACUAUAUUAAUAUAUUUAAAUUUGAAGACCAUAAUAAAAAAAAAACAAUUAUCAAGGUAUUAAGUUAGGUUUUCUUAAUUAAAAGAAAAAGUAAGAACGAGAAGCUAAGAAAAAAAGUGUAAAUUAGAUAAAAUUGAAAUUUUUUGUGUUAAAAAACGAUAGGCAUGCAGAUAAUGCAGUAGUGAAAUCUCUAGUCCAGCAAAAUGGCAACUUUUCUGCCAGUUUAUAAAAAAAAAUUACGAGAGAAAAUUUAAAAAAAUAAUUUUAUUAAUUAUUUAACGAAAUAAAAACAAAUAAAAUAAAUCGUUUAUCAAAAAAUCUAUUAUCCUUUAAUAUUUAAUCGGCUUGUAAUAUUUCGGAUUAAUCAUGUAUUGACAAAAAAAUCAAUUAUUCUAGAGUGAAAGGAUAAAUAAUAAUAUUAUAAGUGAGACCGAAAGUGAGAGAACGAAAGAAUGAACGGAAUGAAAAGAAUAAAUAAUUGAUAAGUUGAUUAAUUAAAUGCGUGCAUAAUAGAAAUUAAGGAUUAAAAGUGAAUUUUAAAGUAAAUAAAGGUGAAUAAGCUAAGGCAUCGAUCAAUUGCUAGUGACGUAAUUUAAGGAUUUUGAUAUUCCAAAAAAUUAAUUUAAUUAAAUUUAAUGAUAAGUGUAAAAAAUUAAUAAAUUAUAAUUGUUUAAUAUUUA